UACAGCUCAAGACAAAUGACAACCUUGUGUCCAACUCCGAGGCUCAGAUCUACCAGCCAGUCCUGUGCCCGUCUGAAUCCACGCCUUCAACUGGGACUUACAUGCUGAAAGGUCUGGAUGGGAAACCCUGCAUCAAAGUCACAAUGGGAGCAGAGUUCAUCAUCACUGAAAAGACGACCUGGUAUUUCAGCGUGGACCCUUCCAGAAUCAGCACCAGUGGUCAAUGUGACAAAGACGCAGCUGUUCUCUCUCUCAAUCUGACAGACAACGCUGGCAAACUGCAGCUCACCUUCAGAAAGGAAAAGCAGGUUCACUACAUCACCAAGUUGACUGCUCAUUUAUCUCCUUUGCCUGUUUGCCAGAGAUGUGCCAAUAAGACUUACUCGGGCUUGUUGGACAAUGGCAGGUUGUUCACAACAGCUAACGGUCAGAUCUUCACGUGCAAAUCUGGGACUCUGCUUCUGAUGUCACCUGAGCUGAGGCUCAAACUGGUCCCUCUGAAGAUACAGGCCUUCACACCACCCAGAGGACUCUCUGGAGAAGACGUGGAGUGCUUGGCGGACUUUAAUAAUCGAGUAGUUCCCAUCGUCCUCGGGGCCACGGCGGUCGGCCUUAUGUUGAUGUUAGGGCUUACCUUACUGCUCAUCAAAGAUCGCCGCAGAAACGGCUACAACAGUCUCUGACCUCACUGUGAAAAUGGUGUGAGGUUCACCUCACCUCAAAGAGUAUAAAAUGUCAUGGCAGUUAAGUGCUGUUAAAUGUCCUUUAUUUAUCGGAUUGUUCUUUCAUUCAUUUCUCAUCUCUUAGCUCCAUGGUUCUCAAACUGAGGUAGUACAUGUAGCACCAUUGGUUGAUUAUUUUACUUGUUUGGUCCGUAAAAUGUCAGACAAUCUUGAAAAAACUGGAUCUGUUUUCGAACGUGGAGAUGAUUCUUUUCUUGAAUGUCUUGUUUUGUCCACAAACCAAAAUGAUUUGGUUUUAAUUUCACGUUGUCCUCUGAAUUUUCUGUUAUUUUAAAUUAUUUCCAUGUAAUUCAUUGGUGUUUUGUCGCCUGUUAAAACUUAUAUUUUUAUAUGUAUUUCGUUUUUUUCUGUCAACUUAAAUGUUCGGCUCUUGCUAAUGUAUAAAUGUAGUUUUAAGAAGUUUUAGGAGCUUAAAAGUCUGUGAAGUCUCAUGAAUUUAUACAGACAUGGUGUUUGUGACCUCUGAAAACGCCGCCCUCUGUUGGCGGUUUGUGGUUACCACAGUGUGAUCGGUCAAUGAUUCCCCACCUCCAUGUCCUCUUUCCUCAUUGGCUGUCGGCGCUACGGGUCCUCGGAAAGAUAAUAAUAAAAAAAUAUAUAUUA